AUGUCAGUUACACUCAAAACUCCUACUGGUAGUAGUAUUUCUUUCAAGACAGGUUUGUUCAUCAAUAACGAAUUUAGACCCGCCAAAAAUGGAAAUGAAUUGACUACUCCAAAUCCUGCCACAGGUGAAGCAUUGGCCACUAUUAGUGCUGCCACUGCAGAGGAUAUCGAUGAUGCUGUUAAGGCUGCCAGAAAAGCUUUUGAAACUACCUGGGGUAAAAAAAGUACGCCAUCACAACGUAGUGAAACUCUUCACAAAUGGGCGGAUUUGAUAGAAGCUAAUAUCGACACUCUAGCUGAACUUGAAAGUCUUGAUAAUGGUAAGCCGGUAUGGAUGGCUUGUGAUAUCGAUAUUAAAGAUAGUAUUGGGUGUCUUCGCUACUAUGCUGGUCUUGCUGAUAAGAUUGAAGGCCGUACUAUCGAACAAGAAGAAGGUGUAAAAUUAGCAUUCACUAGGGCAGAACCAAUUGGUGUCUGUGGUCAAAUUAUUCCAUGGAACUAUCCAAUUCAGAUGUUCGCUUGGAAAGUUGGCCCUGCGCUAGCAGCUGGUAAUACUGUUGUCAUGAAACCAGCUGAACAGACCCCCUUGAGUGCUCUUAUUUUGGCUGAAUUGUCUGUGCAAGCUGGUUUUCCCCCUGGUGUUAUUAACAUUGUGAAUGGUGUAGGAGCUGUUGCUGGAAAAGCAAUCUCCUCUCAUAUGGAUAUUGAUAAAGUUGCGUUCACUGGUUCUACCGUUACUGGUCGUACUAUUAUGGAAGCUGCUGCUAAAAGUAACCUCAAAAAAGUUACUCUUGAACUUGGAGGUAAAUCCCCAGUAGUUGUGUUUGACAAUGCUGAUAUUCAACAAGCGGUAAACUGGGCUAGUCAAGCUAUUCUUUUCAACCAUGGUCAAGACUGUUGUGCUGGUUCACGUUUAUUUCUUCAAGAUACUAUAAAGGAUGACUUCCUUGCAAAGCUCAAGAAUAAUUUUGAAUCCCACGUAGUUGGUGACCCAUUUGACGUAAAGACUUUCCAAGGUCCACAAGUAUCUAAACAGCAGCAAGAAAAAAUUCAAUCGUACAUUAAGUCGGGUAUUGAACAAGGUGCCACUCUUUUGACAGGUGGUGAAAAGAGGUUAGCUCAUUUGCCUUCUCAAUUAAAGAACGGUUAUUAUGUCGCUCCAACAAUUUUCACCGAUUGCAAGCCUGGUAUGAAGAUUGUUGAUGAAGAGAUUUUUGGCCCUGUUCUUACUGUUCAAACCUUCAGUACUGAAGAAGAGGCUGUUGAAAAGGCCAACAACACAGAAUAUGGUCUUGCUGCCGGUGUGUUCUCACAAAAUGCUUCUCAAUGCAUGCGUAUGGUACAUGCCCUCCGUGCUGGUACCGUUUGGUGCAAUAAUUAUAUGGCUUUAAGUAAUGCAGUUCCAUUUGGAGGUGUGAAACAAUCUGGAUUUGGUCGUGAAUUAGGAAUUGAAGGUUUGAAGGAAUAUACCCAAACCAAAGCCGUUCACUGGAAUUAUGGUGAAGAAGCUGUUUGGCCAAUUGAUGGAAAUACCGCAUAA